CAUAUUACAGACGUUUAGGGCUUUAGGUACACGUGAAAAACAGAUGGGAUGAAUGAGUAAAGUACCGCAAAGUGAAAUAAUUCGUAUUAAACAAAUUUCCCACAACCCUAUCUUCUCAUUUUUUUAUGAUGGCCGUUUAAUUUAAAUAUACUUUUUUAGCUUUAAGUAUUUUCGAUGACCAACUUAUUUGUGACGCGGACUUGCAAAAAGCUUGCCCGUUUAACAUCUUUCUUUAUAAAAGCCGGGUGUAUUUGCCACUGUAUCAGUGAAUAUGGACUUUCAUUCGCCCAAUGUGUCGGGCCAUCCAUGGAACCAACGAUUUUAUCAUCAAAUGUCGUUAUAUGUGAACAUAUAACUCCCAUCUUCCGACGACCAACAUAUGGCGAUAUAGUUAUAGCCAAAUCUGUUAGUGAUCCUUUGGUUAAUGUUUGUAAACGGGUGACCGGAAUCGCUGGAGACAUCAUUUGGACAGGAUGUAAAUUUACAAGAGUCCCACAAGGACAUGUUUGGCUUCAGGGUGAUAAUUCAUCCGAGUCAACAGAUUCUAGAGUAUAUGGUCCAGUGCCUGAAGCUUUAAUUAGAGGUCGUGUUUCUCUAAGGAUUUGGCCUUUACGCGAGAUGUGUGUAUUUUGGUAAAUCCAGGCCUAUUAUUAACAGUCAG